CUCUGGUCGUUCCCUUUGUCUUCCCUUCCCUCGGAAUCAUCGUCACUCGUUACAUUGAGUGUAACAUCGGCCUCUAGGAAGCAUAUUUCUGGUCACUUACGUCUGUUUGGGUUUCCUGCGUUUUCUUGUCGCGACGAUCACGGCGGAAUUGGAUUAAGGAAGCGCCAUGGCGGGACAGGAGAUGGUUGGGGUUUCGGUCACACCGUUGAAGCAAGCAUCAGAAAACUACCCGGAACCCAUUAAUCCAGAGGGCCCUCUACACAAUUUCCCGGAGGCUGUCGAUUUCUCCCAGCAGGACCAGAAGCAUCAAUACCUAGCCAGUGAUCCUUAUAACGCACAUGGCGGGUACAACGGCAACUACGAUUACGGGGUUCACAGUCGGGGUGGAAGCAGCGCGGGAGGUGCGCUGGGCCAUGAACGGAAGCACAGCGACCUCGAGCCCGACACGCGAAGCAGUGGGAAGAAGUUCAUGCAGCGCUGGCGGUGGCCGCUGAUCCUCGUGGUGGGAUUGCUGAUCGCGUUGAUCUCUGGGGUGAUUGGAGGAUUUGUGGGCAAAACCAUCGAGGGCAACAAGUACAAGGACGAAAUCGCUCUCAUGAAUACCCGUGCAAACUCUUCGGAGAGCAACAACGCAACGAAGUGUGAGGCCAGCCCAGUAGUGACACCAUCAUCGACACCUACCGCGAUACCAACGGAGAACACCUGUAAGAACGGGACCACAGAGCCAAUCCUGGAGUUGAAGAUUCCCGACAUGAAGUGUCCUGGCAGCAACAACGAGAAGUUCCGCAGUACCUGGGCAUCGACUUCGUACUUCAUGCUGUGCAAUGCGGCGUGGGGUGGUAAUGAUCUAUUUUACACGUUUGCACCGACACCAUCUGAUUGCAUCGAUUCCUGCUCGAGUUACAAUGGAAACCUGAAGGAGGGGGAUGGUAUGAAGAGAUGUGUCGGUGGAAGUUUUAUCCCCGCGUGGGUGAAUCAGAGUGAGGCGAUUGCGGCGGUAGGGACUCGAGGUGGAAACUGUUAUCUGAAGUGGGGAACAGAUCAGUUGGAGAGGAACAAGGCGAAGUUCGAGGUGGUCAGUUUGUGUCUAGAGGGCCAGUGUGAGGAUGUGAACUUGUAAAAUUGCCAUCGGCGGAGGUUUGCCAUCAUGGAAGCGAAAUUAUAGUAAUGCCCUAUAUUGUGACUAUCAUUUACAUUCUUUUCCUUGAUUACAGCCAAAUAUCCCUUCUUGUACAUACAGAUCUUUUCGUGUUUAGAACGAGCGCGAACGGAUUAAGUAGUUAAUAUCAUAGAGAUGAGGCGACUCUCUACUUCCAAGUCUAUGUAUGCCGCAGAUGAAGG